UGAGCCCCUGUGGCAGGGACAAGCCAUGGAGACCGUUGUCAUCGUGGCCAUCGGGGUGCUGGCCACCAUCUUCCUGGCGUCCUUCGUGGCGCUGGUGGUGGUGUGCAGGCAGCGCUACUGUCACCCCAAGGACCUGCGCCACCACUAUGACACCAAACCCAUCGUGGACCUGAUGGGGACCACGGAGACGCCGUCAGAGCCCUCGGAGCUGGAGCUGGACGAUGUGGUCAUCACCAACCCCCACAUAGAGGCCAUCCUGGAGAACGAGGACUGGGUGGAGGACGCCUCGGGUCUGGUGUCCCACUGCAUCGCCAUCCUGAAGAUCUGUCACACGCUGACGGAGAAGUUGGUGGCCAUGACCAUGGGCUCAGGUGCACGUGUGAAGUCCCCAGCCAGCCUGGGUGACAUCAUCGUGGUGGCCAAGCGCAUCAGCCCCAGGGUGGACGACGUGGUGAGAUCCAUGUACCCCCCGCUGGACCCCAAACUGCUGGACGCAAGGGCCGCGGCGCUGCUGCUGUCCGUCAGUCACCUGGUGUUGGUGACCCGCAGCGCCUGUCGCCAGCCGGCCGCGCGCCACUGGGUCGAGCGCUCGCUGGCGGCCGCCGAGGAGCACAUGGCCGUGCUGCGCCAGGCCGCCAUGGCCACCGAGCCCGAGCGGCCACCGGCCCCCGGAGAGCCGCCCCGCCAGGAGCAGUCGGCCAUCUGA